AUGCCGAAACGAAGUGCUGACGAAAAAAUCGAUCUUUAUCUAAAGAAAAUUCAAAGAUUAACAGCUGAAAAAAGUGUUGUACGACGACGAGGGCGAGUGCGUGUUAUUUCGAGUGAUUCUUCCGAAGCAAAUGAAGGUUGUGGCGAAACAACGCAGCGCAUAACAAUUGCCGAGGUCCACCGACCGCCUUCGGGAAAAAUAGAUCCAUCAUGGAACGAUGCUGCGGGUGCCUCCCCCGAGGCAGAAAUACCACGAGAUAUUGAGGCAGAAAUACCACAAGAUAUUGAGGCAGAAACACCACGUGAUAAUGAGGCAGCAUCACCUUGUGAUAAUGCAGAACUCAUGGCAGAAAUUCCUAUUUCUAUGCCAGAGAAUCCACUGCCAAUGCCAGCUGCCGAGCCAAAUGAGGCCGGACAGUCUUUAGAGGCGUUAUCGUAUGAAUUGGAGUUAGACCCUGAUUUAUUGGAGGCUCUAGGUGAACCCACAGAUGCCGCUCCUGAAUUUGGACCUAAAAUUCAUGAUAGUUUGGCAAAACUAUGGCUCCCUUUACUGACAAAAGGCAUGACUAAAGAGAAUAAAGAUAAGAUUAUGAAACAAUACCUGAUACCAGAUAAUUGCCGGUUUUUACAAGCCCCGAAAAUAAAUGGAGAAAUUUUUUCGGCCAUUCCGGAAGUAGUCCGUAACAGAGACAAAGGACUUUCAUUUCAUCAACAACAACUCGGUUGUGGCAUUACGGCCAUAAAUAGAGCAUUGGAUUUGCUUUUAAGGGGGGACAAUAAAAAGGAAGCCAUCCAACAUCUCAGUAAUGGCUGUCGUAUAUUGUCUGACCUGCAUGCAACAUCCACUCAGACUCGUAUAAAACUUAUUACUCCGAGUCUUGACAAGAAUUUCCAUCACGUGAUCCAGGAUACAGAAAGGGACGAAACCUUGUUUGGUAAUAAACUUUCUGAGAAAAUUAAGGCAGCAAAAGCAAUAGAAAAACAAGGUUUACAAAUUAAAAAGACGAAUAUUUCAAAGGCUCUUAAUUCGUCACAGUCGCCGGGAAUUCGUCCAUACAAGCACAGCGACGCCGCCGCGCCCUCCCGCACAACUAGCAGCGACCGCGAGCAGGGCGCGUGCGCCGACCACAUAAUAACUCAGGUACACGCUGGCAGAAUUCAUUACUUUUAUAAUUGUUGGCUAGGCAUUACUUCUAAUAAGGAAGUGUUAGACUGGGUACUUAACGGUGUUUCUAUACCAUUUUGUAAGGAACCCAUUCAGCAAUUGGUUCCUCGUUGUUUCUUUUCACGAUCGGAGAAACUUGAUAUGACUGUUGCUAUUAAUAAAUUGUUAGAGCUAGGGGCUAUUAUUGAAUGUUCUCCGAGCAAGGGCCAAUUUAUAUCAAAGAUAUUUCUUGCACCGAAACCAAACGGAGGUAAACGCUUCAUAUUAAAUCUAAAAUCAUUAAAUAAAUUUAUUUCAAAGCCCCAUUUCAAAAUGGAAGACUACCGAACAGCUUCUAAAUUAAUACCACAAGAUGGAUAUUUAGCUACAAUUGACUUAAAAGAAGCAUACCUACUUGUGCCAAUCCAUCCCCGACAUAGGAAGUAUUUACGAUUUCAAUUCGAAACUCUUGAAAAUAAGUUAGUCACUUAUGAAUUUACAGCUAUGCCCUAUGGACUUUCUGUGGCACCUAGGGUUUUUACAAAAAUUAUGAGAGAAGUAAUUUCCUGUUUGAGAAGUCGUGGUCAUGAUUCAGUUAUCUAUUUAGACGACACUCUUUGUAUAGGUAGUAAUUACCAUAUGUGUUCUACCAAUGUAAAUGACACAUUAAAGUUAAUGAAGUGUUUAGGAUUUAUUAUAAAUGUCGACAAAAGUUAUUUACAACCUAAUCAAACGUGUAAAUUUCUAGGUUUUAUCUUUAACACCACAAAUUUGACAAUAUCUCUUCCGGAAGAGAAACGUACUAGUAUUAUUCAAUUGGUUCAAAAGUUUUUGCGAAUAUCUCAUUGCACUAUCCGUGAAUUUGCACAAUUGAUUGGAGUACUUAUUGCUGCUUGUCCAGCAGUUAAGUAUGGUUGGCUUUACACUAAGAUGUUAGAAAGACAAAAGUUUCUUGCAUUAUUGAAAAAUAACAAUUAUGAAAAAGAAAUGGAAAUUCCAAAAACUGUUUCUCCAGAUUUAAACUGGUGGAGUUCAAGUGCACUUACUACAUCAAACCAUAUGCGAAAUGCUGGUUUUAAAAUGGAGAUUUACACUGACGCAUCUCAAACAGGCUGGGGCGCAGUUUGCAACGAAAAUCGCGCACAUGGUUGGUGGUCAGUGAGUGAACGUGAAUUUCACAUUAAUUAUUUAGAAUUGUUAGCAAUUUUUCUAGGUCUAAAGAGCUUAUCAUGCAAUGAGUCAAACUGUUCAAUUCUAUUACGUGUCGAUAAUACCACAGCUUUAAGCUAUGUGAACCGAAUGGGAGGGAUUCAGUUCCCUCAUUUAAAUGAUAUUACACGUCGAAUUUGGCAAUGGUGUGAAGAGCGCAACAUAGUUAUUUAUGCAUCAUACGUCAAUACAAAAGAUAACCGCGCUGACGCUGAAUCAAGGAUUGUAAACCCAGAUACCGAAUGGGAGUUAUCAGACUGCGCCUUUCACUCCAUCAUCUCGCAUUUUGGCCAACCGGAAGUUGAUUUAUUUGCCUCUCGUACCAACGCCAAAUGUCCAAGUUUUGUGUCCUGGAAACCGGAUCCAGAAGCAAUGGCUGUAGAUGCGUUUACUAUUAAUUGGAAUAAUUGCUACUUUUAUGCUUUUCCGCCAUUUUCAAUUAUUUUAAAGUGCUUGAGAAAAAUUGUAGAUGACAAGGCAGACGGUAUUUUUGUUUUUCCAUUUUGGCCUUCACAGCCCUGGUUCCCGUUGUUACAGAGAUUAAUGGGAACAUCAUCCCCUGCAUGCACACCUUACCCUGGGUGUCGCGAGGCUCUCCAACAAGCCUUCGCUCAACGAGGAUGCCCUCCAGAGGCUUUAGUUUUAAUGCUGGCUUCGCUCUCUGAAAGUACGGUAAAACAAUACAAUGUGUCUUACAAACUAUGGUGGCAGUUUUGUAACCAACACAUUAUAAACGUUUUCUCACCAUCUUUAUCAUUUAUAAUGUUAUUUUUGACUGAACAGUUUAAUACAGGUUGCUCGUACGGUAGUCUAAACUCGCAUCGAUCUGCGUUGUCAUUGCUCGUUGGUAGCAAUCUUACUACCAAUGAUAGCGUAAAACGAUUGCUUAAAGGGGCAUAUAAAUUGAAACCAAGUGUUCCCAAAUAUAUCCAAACAUGGGACCCCCAAAUUGUUUUAAAUUACCUAAAAGAAUGGUUUCCUAACAUAAAUUUAAGCCUGGAAAAAAUUACAAAGAAGCUUGUGACCUUGUUAGCUAUUUGUACUGGUCACAGAGUCCAAACUCUGUCUCUUAUAAAAUUGGAAAAUAUUUCAUUUACAAGCAGUGGUGCAAAAAUAGUAAUUUCAGAUUUAAUUAAGACGUCCGCGCCGGGUCGUGAUCAACCUGUAUUAGUAUUACCAUUUUUUACACAUAAUUUAAAUAUAUGCCCUGCAAGUACAUUAAAAGAUUACAUUUCUUUUACAGAUAAUAAGAGAUUGCAAAACAAUGGUAAUCUUUUAUUAACUUUUAAACAUCCACACAAACCAGCCACGACCCAAACAAUAAGUCGUUGGAUAAAACAAGUACUUUCUGAGAGCGGAAUAGACGUGUCGGUGUUCGGUGCUCACAGCACACGACACGCAUCUACUUCUGCCGCUUUCAGCGCAGGCGCCAGCGUUGACACUAUACGUAAGGCUGCUGGGUGGACAUCCUCGUCUAGCGCUUUUGCCCGUUGUUAUAACCGCGUAUUGAUCGAUGAUGGAAACUUUGCGAAGUCUGUCUGUUUAUCAUCAAGAUAA